GUGACGUCAUAUCUUCGCGCCGCAGCUUCCGGUUUUAUUUGAGGAGCGCCAUAGAUUCUUUUCAUCUUUUUUCCAGACCUUGCUCUUGGGAUAAAACAUGUCUCUGGCGGACGAGUUGCUGGCUGACCUGGAGGAGGCAGCGCAGGAAGAAGACGACAGCUUAAUAGAUGAGGAUGACCUGGAGACAAUAGAAGAAGUGCAGGAGGAGAUGCAGGUGGACCUUAAUGCUGAGUCUGUGAAAAGUAUAGCAAAGCUAUGGGACAGUAAGCAGUUUUCAGAGAUUCUCGACAAGAUUGAUGAAUAUGUUAAAAAACAACCAAAAGAAUCGGAAGUUAUGGGACCUGUGGAAGCCGCUCCAGAAUAUAAAGUUAUAGUUGAUGCAAACAAUUUGACAGUGGAAAUUGAAAAUGAAUUGAAUAUAAUCCACAAGUUUAUCAGAGACAAGUAUUCAAAGAGGUUUCCGGAGUUGGAGUCUCUGGUGCCAAAUGCCUUGGAUUACAUAAGGACAGUGAAGGAAUUGGGAAAUAAUCUGGACAAAUGCAAGAAUAAUGAGAAUCUUCAGCAAAUUCUGACAAAUGCAACCAUCAUGGUUGUUAGUGUGACUGCCUCCACUACACAGGGACAGCAACUGACUACUGAAGAAUUGGAACACAUUGAAGAAGCUUGUGACAUGGCGCUAGAACUGAACCAGUCCAAACACAGAAUCUAUGAGUAUGUGGAGUCUCGCAUGUCAUUCAUUGCGCCCAAUCUCUCCAUCAUUGUCGGGGCCUCAACUGCAGCCAAAAUAAUGGGUAUUGCUGGUGGUCUCACAAACCUCUCAAAGAUGCCUGCCUGCAACGUCAUGCUCCUGGGAGCUCAGAGGAAAACGUUAUCUGGCUUCUCUAGCACUUCUGUCCUUCCCCAUACUGGUUAUAUCUAUUAUAGUGACAUUGUCCAGUUAUUACCUUCGGAUUUGCAUCGAAAGGCAGCAAGAUUGGUGGCAGCAAAGUGCACUUUGGCAGCACGUGUAGACAGCUUUCAUGAGAACCCUGAAGGAAAGAUUGGUUAUGACCUAAAAGAGGAGAUUGAAAGAAAGUUUGAUAAAUGGCAAGAACCACCGCCAGUCAAGCAGGUAAAACCUCUGCCAGCACCUCUUGAUGGACAGAGAAAGAAACGCGGUGGCCGCAGGUACCGCAAAAUGAAAGAACGACUUGGGCUGACAGAAAUCCGAAAACAGGCCAAUAGGAUGAGCUUUGGAGAGAUUGAAGAAGAUGCAUAUCAGGAAGACUUGGGCUUCAGCUUGGGACAUCUUGGGAAGGGUGGAAGUGGAAGAGUACGGCAAGCACAAGUUAAUGAAGCUACCAAGGCCAGAAUCUCCAAAACAUUACAGCGUACACUACAGAAACAGAGUAUGGUUUAUGGAGGAAAGUCCACAGUAAGAGACAGAUCUUCGGGUACUGCGUCCAGUGUUGCCUUUACUCCCCUUCAGGGUCUAGAGAUUGUUAACCCGCAUGCUGCAGAGAAGAAGGUGGGUGAGGCAAAUCAGAAAUAUUUUUCCAGCAUGGCAGAAUUCCUGAAAGUGAAGCAUGAAAAAAAUGGUACAAUGACACAGUGAUGGUGCUGUCGUCUUGUCUUGUAUUCUUGGAACUUGUCUGAAUGAUCCACUGACCACCGAGACACUGGGCUUGGCUGUAGAGAAAUGCCUGCAAGGAACUGGGACCUCAUACAGAGUAAUGCAGGACACUCAUCUACUGCCCUGAAAGAAAGAGCUGAAUAUCUUUGAAGGAUGAAGAACCCCUCAUUUUUAUAUUCAGUUAAACAAACUUUUUAUUUUUGUUUUUAUUUUAAUUGUUUUGGUGUGAAUGUUGGAGCUUUCUGUAAUCGAAAAUAAAUGGCAUUGUAUUUCAGCUUUUAAACAUG